UCUGCUGCGGAUCUUCCUGGUACCGAGUGCUCGAGUGUACGCUACACCAUCAUACAGAGCCAGCAUGGCGGUCAAGUUCAACGAGAGCAAUCAUCCCUGUGUUGACUUAUUAGGUGGCUACAGUAUAUGCCUGAACCGAGCAGCGUACGAUGAAGACAAACUGAUGAGACGCCACGGGGAACUGCCGGAAGAGACGGCGAAGGCCUUGGCCGAAUUUCGCCAACGUGCGAAGGCCAAACGGAACUUGAAUUUGGUGGUCGACCAAGGCAACUGGACGGUGAUGUUGUAUCUGCACUGCUAUGAGAAUGAUGUAAAUAGAGCGUUCGCCUUGAUGGACUACGGGUACCGGUUGCUUCAAAAGGAACCGCAAUAUGCUGUGCCCUACGCUCAGAUAAAACACGUGUUUGAAGAAGGAUUGAUACGAUAUCUGCCAAAAUGCGAUGACGAUGGGUCGGUGAUAUGCGUAGUGGAAAUGAGUCAUCGUUGGAACCCGUCGAAGAUUUCGUUGCCUGAAUUCAUUGCCGCUAUUCGCAUCGGUGGCUUAGCCACCAUGCUCAAUCCGGAUGCGCAGCGAAAUGGAUGCAAGGUGUUAUUCGACGUGGACGGAAUCUCGAUGAGCCACAUAUCGCACUUUACGCCUCACAGUUCAAACUUCCUGUUCGAUUUGAUUGAAAAGUGCACUCCGAUAGUCACCAACGGAAUGCACACCGUCAACAAUGGCAUGAUGUACAAUGUGUUGUUUGCGAUAUUGAAACCAUUCAUGAGCAAGGAACUGCGAGGAAAGACUUACAUGCACGGUAAGAACUGGAACUCGCUGACGAAGCAUAUCAGCCCAAAGUGUUUGCCGCCCAAGUACGGUGGAACGUUGGAAGCACCGGACUGUGAUGGAAUGGCACUAGCAAAGCUGCUGCAGCACUAUGAGGGCUACUUUUUAGAAUACAAUUCAUUUGGAUAUACCGGGAAUCCGGACGCAAAGUAAAUAAAACCGCUACCUGUU